UGCAUGUUCUCCCCGUGCAUGCGUGGGUUUUCUCCGGGUACUCCGGUUUCCUCCCACAUUCCAAAAACAUGCUAGGUUAAUUGGCCACUCCAAAUUGUCCAUAGGUAUGAAUGUGAGUGUGAAUGGUUGUUUGUCUAUAUGUGCCCUGUGAUUGGCUGGCCACCAGUCCAGGGUGUACCCUGCCUCUCGCCCGAAGACAGCUGGGAUAGACUCCAGCACCCCCAACACCCUCGUGAGGAUAAGCGGCAUAGAAAAUGAAUAAAUGAAUACUUUUCUGAAGGAUUCUUUCAUAUAUUCUCCAUCUAUGAACAGCUUCCUCUUCCUCAGGCACUCCUGGUCCACCACAACGCUAGCAGCUGAAGUUGACUUUGGAGGUUUCAGCCACUUCUUCAACGUAUAUUUGCUCUUCACAACCUUCCCUAGUAGUUCCCAAAUGGCUUCCCUUACAUUCGAGUACUAUGCAUUUAUAGCCUUGUGAUGAGUCGGAUAUUUCAAACUCUUUUUGAAAACUCUUUAUAUAUGUCCUCCGCUUUGGUGUUUAAAAAAAAACAAAAAAACAGAGGUCGGUGUGGGAGCCCCACAAGGAGGCUGAUGAGCCGCAUGAGGCUCCAGAGCCACUGGGUGAGCACCACUGAUCUAGCCUACGUGUGUGUAUGCAGGUAAACUCAAGGCCCAGGGGCCAGAUUCAGCCCACCAUAUCAUUUUUGGUUAUCAUGAUGUGACUUUUGUAAAAUUGCCACUUUUUAUCAUUAGAUUAAGUUUUCAUCAGAAUAUUUUGACUUUAUUCUUGUAAAAUGUUUUCAUUUUGAUGUUUUUUCCCCCCUGUGGCUUUAAAGUUAUCCAUGUCUCCAAAAUGAGAAAAAAUAGGCAUGAAAGACGUUUCUCAUGUUCCAUGUAGACCAUCGUCGGUCCAGACACCUCUGCCCCUGCUGCCCAUUGGCACAGGAAAGAGGGGGGGCGGCAAAGGGGCGGACCACUCGCCUCCUGGCCUGCAUGCUUGCCUUCAGCAGAGGACAUUUGUUCCUUUUAGUGGCAACACUUUGCACCCCCCCCCCCUGCAACCAGCCUCUUAUCGAGCGAGUGGCUCUCGGUGGAGCGAUGGAGCAGUGUGUUCGCGCCCUGGAGCUGCUGGGCAUGCUGGUCUACGCGGGGGCCUGGCUGUGUGUUCUGGGGGCCACUGUAUCUCCGUGGCUGAGCAUGUCCACGGAGCUGCUGCAGGUGGAGAGAUACGAGCUGGGCCUGUGGGAGACGUGCGUGGUUCAGGAUGUGGGCGGCAUGGAGUGCCGGCCCUACGACAGUCUUCUGGGCCUCUCUCGGGACCUCAAGCUGGCCCGCGUCCUCACGUGCACCUCCCUCGCCACGGGUGUGCUGGGCUUCCUUGUGGCCAUACCGGGACUCUCCCUGGUCAACAGCUGUGAGGAAGACGGCGGGACCAAAAGGAUUUUGACCAUCAUUGCAGCCAUUCUGGGGAUUCUCUCCGGGGUGCUCUGUUUGAUCCCCGUCUCCUACGUGGCCCACCAAGCUGUGGUCCGCUUCUUUGAUGACACAGUGCCCGACGUGGUGCCGCGUUGGGAGUUUGGGGACGCCUUGUUCUGUGGCUGGGCAGGGGGCUUCCUCCUUGUCGUGGCCGGCCUCGUCCUGCUGAUCUCCUCUUGCUGGAGCUCCCAGGCGGAGCCGCCUCGGCCGGCGCUGCAGAGGAGGAACCGGGGUAUGAACCCCAUGCUGGCCAGGUCCGAGUACGUUUGAAGAAAAGUCAAUCUCGCUUCAAGAAACAUUUCAAUCAAACUCAAGACAGCAGCUCUUUCAAUGAUUCUCCAUUUCAAUGACAUUGUAGAAAAGCUAUAUUGUACAUUUUCCAUGCUAAUUGACUUGUAUGCAUUGAAGGGAUCAAUAUAUCAGAUAUCACCUAGGAAAUACAAGCACACAGAUUUCCUGAUUUGUAAAUAGACGCAAUGAAUGUUUUGUCAACUUUUUUUUUUAAGAAUUGUUUCAUCAACAUGCUUUGAUAUUUGAUAUUUCAUUCCUUCUCCACGCUAGCUAAAAAUGCUGUGAUUGCAAACCAUCCAGAUAUGAGUUACUUCAUUAACAAUUAAUGUGCACAAUUAUAAAGAUUCAAAGCCACACACGAGGCUCAGCUGCAAUUAUUGUUUAAUAACUGUUUUUGUAAAACAAAAAAAAUCGUAAGGUUACGUAAAAAAAAGUCAUAUUUAGUUUUUUUCUAUACCAGGCCACUAGAUAGCGAUGUUUCUUGGUAAAAAAAAAAAAAGGUAUUUGUGUCCAAGGCUGUUGGACACGUUAGAAACUAAAAGGUCAACAUUUUGGCACUUUAAGUUAGCAACAUUUGUUGUCAUGUUAACAAAAAACACACUUUUAAAUAUUUAAUGAAUGUUAUUACUGUCGGCGUUCGGUGAAGCCCGACUAAGUUUCCCUGGGGAACACAUUUACUGUGACACUGCACGAGCAGGAAUUUCAUUUACGUCUUACAUGGCUUAUUUGCUCUUAUUCUGUCUCCUUUAUUGGGUCAUAAAGCCAUUUAAAGCCGCAAGGAAGUACGCUGUCCAGAAAAAUACAAGGAACUUCUAACAUAAAUUCAUUUAUUGGGUGCGGAAUCAAUUAACCGCAGAUUAGUGAUGGUGAACUCCAUUCCUUUUGACCACAUCCAAUAUGGCGGUGACUGCGACGAACUGUAUGAUUCAGCGCUCAAUGCAGCAGUGACCCGAGAAACUCAAGCCACUCAAGUACAAGACAAGACCUACCCGACUCACUGAGCCCACAUUGGGUUCACUAUUCACCUGUCGCCCGCCCCCCCAUGCCAGCGUUGGAGAUCUUGUCCCAAGUUCUGCGUAAAGUUUGUGAGGAUCCGCCCCAAAGCCAUCAGGACACGUGAUCAGCGUGGAAAGACGGAUUGUGCCGGCCUCGGAUAUCCUCCUUUGCUCUUCCGGAACCUUCUGCAUGUCCACUCGACGUCCAGGGACGGGAUAGUGGGUGUCCGGGGGGGGUGAGGGUCCGCCACACGUGUCGGUAGCAGAGAAACAGCAUCCCGCUGAUGAGCAUCAAGAUAGAGGCAAAGAGCCCCACUCCGAUGGCCACGCCCACUCGCUGACUGGCGGGGGCAGCGGGGAGGUGGAAGCGUGGGGGGAAGGGGAUGGUGGCGUUGUUCAGGACCGAGGUCAUGUUCCAGACCACGGGCACGGAGGUCAAGGCCCCCGUCAGCACGUAGAGGCUCCCCGCAAGCAAGAAGAGCAGGCGCACCUUCCUGCGCUCCUCCAGCGAGAAGUAGACCAGCCUGAGCGCCAGGCCGCCACCCACGUUCGCCGCCAGGCCGCACACCAUGGCCAGCACCAUCAUCACCUGCGCCGCCUUCACCUCGGCCGGGACGAAGGCCUCGGAGAAGCCCACACUCUGGCAGCUCUCCGCCCGGGCCAGGACGUGACUGUUGAAGCACGCCCUCCAGAUGCCCACCCAGGCCACGCCCGAAGUGACCACCGACAGGUCGUCCACGUGCCACAGGCGCCACUCGUUGAUGCCGGCCGUCGCCAAGGUGAGGAUCCACGCCAGGCAGCCCACCAGCAGGCCCAGGAACUGCCAGUGGGCCGUGUGGGCCAAGAAGAUCAUCACUUCAACAGGACAUCCAUGACCUCAAGCCCACGUCCUGCACUGUCACAAAGAUGGCCCGCAUCAGCAGGGAGCACCAGGUCCCACUUCACCGUCAGUGAAGGUCAGCCCUUCUUACUACAGCAGAGCCCUCCUGUCAUGCACAGGAUCUUUGACAGGAUCUUUUGGCUUUAGAUUCAUUAAAACAGCCGUGCCCUCCUUCCUGAAUAUAGAGGAUCUUGGGCUGCAGUUUUCACAUUACGCUUUUAGAAAUGAUCUAUAGAUGCAUACAGUAUCUAUACCAAUAGAUCCAAUAACCUUGUUAUAUAGAGGAUCUUUGACUAGGAUGUUUGGAGUAGGUUCUUAAAAACAGCAGAGUGCUUGUCCUUUCAUAUAUAGGAUCUUUGACUAGCAUUUGCAAUAGGUUUCCCGUUAUAUAUAGGAUCUUUGACUAGCAUUUGCAAUAGGUUCCCUGUUAUAUAUAGGAUCUUUGACUAGCAUUUGCAGUAGGUUCUUAAAAACUGCAGAGUACUCCCGUUUUAUAUAGGAUCUUUGACUAGCAUUUGCAAUAGAUUCUUAAAAACAGCAGUGCUCCUGUUAUAUAUAGGAUCUUUGACUAGCAUUUGCAGUAGGUUCAUAAAAACUGCAGAGUACUCCUGUUUUAUAUGUAGGAUCUUUGACUAGCAUUUGCAAUAGGUUCUUAAAAACAGCAGUGCUCCUGUUAUAUAUAGAAUCUUUGACUAGCAUUUGCAAUAGGCUUUCCGUUUUAUAUAGGAUCUUUGACUAGCAUUUGCAGUAGGUUCAUAAAAACUGCAGAGUACUCCUGUUUUAUAUGUAGGAUCUUUGACUAGCAUUUGCAGUAGGUUCUUAAAAACUGCAGAGUACUCCCGUUUUAUAUAGGAUCUUUGACUAGCAUUUGCAAUAGGUUCUUAAAAACAGCAGUGCUCCUGUUAUAUAUAGAAUCUUUGACUAGCAUUUGCAAUAGGUUUCCCGUUAUAUAUAGGAUCUUUGACUAGCUUUAGCAGUAGGUUCAUAAAAACUGCAGAGUACUCCCGUUUUAUAUAGGAUCUUUGACUAGCAUUUGCAGUAGGUUCCCUGUUAUAUAUAGGAUCUUUGACUGCCGUUUUUAAGAACCUACUGCAAAUGCUAAGCGUACUCCUGUUUUACACAGGAUCUUUGACUAGCAUUUGCAAUAGGUUCCCUAUUACAUAUACAUACAUAUAUAUAUAUA